AUGGCUUCUUCUUAUAAUUACAGCACAUCCAGUUCUGAAGUCGGAACUCCAUAUACUCCUAAAUCUUCCUCUCCUACUUAUUCAGUCGCAAGUCGUUCUUCUUCUACCACCAUCAGUAAACGCAUCUCUAUUUCUACAAGUCGGAGAAAUACAGCUAUGAAUCCUAUCGGUGGCAUUGAUAUUGCUGCCAUUGAAGCGGCCAUGAAGCAAUCUUCUCUUGACCAUUUGAAAGGUUACAGCCAGACGAAUUAUCCAACGGUCACUCAAUCCAAUGAGACCGAAUAUAUCUCUGAAGAUUCCGCCAAAGGAUAUCAGGUUCUUCGCGAGCCUGCAUGGAAUAAAGGUACCUCCUUUACUCCCGAAGACAGAGUCAACAAAAACCUUACUGGUCUCAUCCCUCACGUCCUAGAGAGCCUCGAAACACAAUGUAUCCGAGCCAUGCGAAUGAUCAACAGUCGAGCAACCCCCAUCGACAAAUAUCUCUACCUCUCCAACAUCAAAGCCCAAAAUACGGAUCUUUUCUACCGUCUCUUAAUCGAUAAUAUCGCUACUCUCAUGCCCCUCGUCUACACUCCCACAAUUGGUGAUGUCUGUCUCCAGUACUCCACAUUAUAUACCCGUCCAGAAGCAUUAUAUAUAUCCAUCAAGCAACGCAAAUCCAUGACCACCAUUUUGAGAAAUUGGCCAUAUCCAGAUCCCUCGAUUUGUGUCGUGACCGAUGGAUCACGCAUUCUCGGUCUUGGCGAUCUCGGUGUUAACGGUGUUGGAAUCUCGAUUGGUAAACUAGCCCUCUACACCGGAGCAGCUGGCAUCCAUCCCGAAAAAACCCUCCCCAUCGUCCUCGACUGCGGCACCGCCAACGAAGAAAAUCUCCGUGACCCCCUCUAUCUCGGUCUCCGCAUGAAGCGACCCGGCCCCGAAACCGAACAGCAAUUCAUGGAUGAAUUCAUGGCUGCCGUCAAGGAAGUCUACCCCCAGAUGCUCGUACAAUUCGAAGAUUUCGAGUCCGAAAAAGCAUUCAAGUAUCUCGAUCGAUACAAGGGUGAAAAAAUGUUCAACGAUGAUAUUCAAGGCACAGGAGCGGUGGUCUUAGCCGGAUAUAUCGGCGCAGUCAAUCUCUCCGGUGUCCCCAUCGAAGACCAGAGAUUAGUAUUCAUGGGCGCGGGCUCCGCCGGCGUGGGAGUCGCAAAGCAAGUCAUGGAAUACUACACGCGUCGCGGACUCUCUGAAAAAGAAGCUCGUGACAAAUUCUGGCUCGUCGAUACCAAAGGCCUCGUCACCACCGACCGCGGUGACAAAUUAGCUGCGCACAAGAAAAUCUUCGCGAGAGAUGAUAAUAAUGGUCAUCAAUUCCAAACAUUGGAAGAAGUCAUCGAGUAUGUGAAGCCGACCGCGUUGAUCGGGUUAACGGCUACUUUUGGCGUUUUCACAGAAUCGGUGGUGAGAGCGUUGAAGGUGAGUGUGGAUGCGGGCGGGUUGGGACGAAGACCCAUUCUCUUCCCGCUCAGUAAUCCCCUCACGAAAGCAGAAUGUACCUUCGAGCAAGCGAUUGCCUGGACUGAAGGAACGGUGAUUUUCGCCUCCGGAUCCCCUUUCUCGCCAGUGACGAUCAAACAUUCUGAUUUCCCCUCGGAAAACUCCACAACAUACUACCCCAAUCAAGGAAACAACGUUUACGUCUUCCCGGGAUUAGGACUCGGCGCAAUCUUGGCAAAGGCCUCGAGAGUCACAGAUGCAAUGGUGUAUCAGAGUGCGGAAGCGUUGUCGGGAUGUUUGAAUCGCGAGGAAUUGAUGAUGGGGCUCAUUUAUCCGAAAAUUGAGAGGGUGCGAGAUGCGAGCGUGGUGGUUGCGAGGGAAGUGAUGAAGGCGGCGAGGAGAGAGGGGGUUAGUGAGUUGAGUGAGGAGUGUUGGGCUGUGUGGGAGGAGUGGGGAGAUGUAGCGUUGGAGAAUUGGAUUAGGAAACAAGUCUAUGAUCCCCGGUGGUAG